GUGUAGGCUGCUCAGUUCCCUAAGUUCUCCAACAAGUGAAAGUUCCCAGAGAUAUAUAAAAUAUAUAUAUAUAUAUAUAUUAACAGAAAAUCUUCGAAAUCCGUUAAGUCCGCUUAAUCAGUGAGUUGCAGCUCCGUCCCGCGAGUGGUUUUUCUGUGUGUUUUUAUUGCAAAAAGGAACUCUAUCUCUCUACUUUUUGUUUGCAAAAGCCUCGUCGGUGAUUCGUCGCCCCCAACACACAGUCAAAGUGAAUUAUCUAAAGCAGUAUAUCGACGAUAUCCGCAGGAUUAUCGAGGAGAAAAUGUCACUCAAUCCGAACGGGUACAAGCUGUCCGAGAGGACGGGCAAACUGACGGCAUAUGAUCUCAUGCCCACCACAGUUACCGCUGGACCGGAGACCCGGGAGUUCCUGCUGAAGGUAAUCGAUGUGCUUUUGGACUUUGUGAAGGCCACCAACGACCGGAAUGAGAAGGUCCUGGACUUCCACCAUCCCGAGGACAUGAAGCGCCUCCUGGAUCUGGAUGUUCCCGAUCGCGCCUUGCCAUUGCAGCAACUCAUCGAGGACUGCGCCACCACGCUGAAGUACCAAGUCAAGACGGGACAUCCCCACUUCUUCAACCAGCUGUCCAACGGUCUGGACCUGAUCUCGAUGGCCGGCGAGUGGUUGACUGCCACGGCCAACACCAACAUGUUCACCUAUGAGAUUGCCCCGGUUUUCAUCCUGAUGGAGAACGUGGUGCUGACCAAGAUGCGUGAGAUUAUCGGUUGGUCGGGUGGCGACUCUAUUCUGGCCCCCGGAGGCUCCAUCUCCAAUCUGUACGCCUUCUUGGCGGCCCGUCACAAGAUGUUCCCCAACUACAAGGAGCACGGCUCGGUGGGAUUGCCCGGAACGCUGGUGAUGUUCACCUCGGACCAGUGCCAUUAUUCGAUCAAAUCUUGUGCCGCCGUUUGUGGCCUGGGAACCGAUCACUGCAUUGUGGUGCCCUCGGAUGAGCACGGCAAGAUGAUCACCUCCGAGUUGGAGCGCCUGAUCCUGGAGCGCAAGGCCAAGGGCGACAUCCCGUUCUUCGUGAACGCCACUGCCGGCACCACUGUUCUUGGGGCCUUCGAUGAUAUCAAUACGAUUGCAGAUAUCUGCCAGAAGUACAACUGCUGGAUGCACAUCGAUGCCGCUUGGGGCGGUGGAUUGUUGAUGUCUCGCAAGCAUCGUCAUCCCAGAUUUACUGGAGUUGAGCGCGCCGAUUCGGUCACCUGGAAUCCCCACAAGCUCAUGGGAGCCCUGCUCCAGUGCUCCACGAUCCACUUCAAGGAGGAUGGCCUCCUCAUCAGCUGCAACCAGAUGUCGGCCGAGUAUCUGUUCAUGACCGACAAGCAGUACGACAUCAGCUACGAUACCGGCGACAAGGUGAUCCAGUGCGGCCGGCACAACGACAUCUUCAAGUUGUGGCUCCAGUGGCGGGCCAAGGGCACCGAGGGCUUCGAGCAGCAGCAGGAUCGCCUCAUGGAACUGGUCCAGUACCAGCUGAAGCGAAUCCGGGAGCAGUCCGACCGCUUCCACCUGAUCCUCGAGCCGGAGUGCGUGAAUGUAUCGUUUUGGUAUGUGCCCAAGCGGCUGAGAGGAGUGCCUCACGAUGCCAAAAAGGAGGUGGAGCUGGGAAAGAUUUGCCCCAUCAUCAAGGGGCGCAUGAUGCAGAAGGGAACGCUGAUGGUGGGCUACCAGCCCGACGAUCGGCGACCCAACUUCUUCCGCUCGAUCAUCUCAUCGGCCGCGGUCAACGAGGCGGAUGUGGACUUCAUGCUGGACGAGAUCCAUCGCCUGGGCGACGACUUGUAAGGGGCUUCAGCAUGGUUCGGUUCGGUUCCGCUUAGAUUGGUAAUGGUAGAUCGCACAACCAAGAAGUAUCAUUAAGGUAAAAGCAUAUCAGGAGACCGCUACGAAAAACGCAGAAGUUGAGGAGCGGGGAAUUCGAAUACCAGCUAAUCAUCAGAGUUCAAUGUUGAAUGUACAUUUGUUUGUAUCUAUAACGUGUUGCUAGAUGUUCCUUUACGAUUUCUCAUCCCGUUAUCCGUUAACCGUUAUUCGUUAACCGUCGUUAUCCGUUCGUCCCGGAGUUGACAAAAAAUAAGAACUAUGUAUGUAUUUCCGUUCGUUGGCAACUAUAUCUAAAUCGAAGGGCAGGGAGGAGAGCCUUUAAGUAAUAUUUGAAGAUCUAUAUGUAUACCGCAAAUAGCGAUAGAAUUCAGAGCAUAGAAGCCACCGCUCCACACACGCACCACCAAGAAACACGGAACAGUCCCAGCCCCCAGAACGCAAUACUAUGAAAUAUACAUAUACGAUUAGAAACUGUUGGAACGCUAUCUUAACAUAUCAGGAGAAGAUGGAGAAGAGUUAGGGAGUUUAGUUCAAUUCGUUGGUUCUGCCUUGUUUGCGAGUACUAAAUGUUUUCAUAUAGCUAUGGCCAUGCGUACCUUUAUAAGAACGAGAUCGAAAGAGACCUGUGCUUGUUAAUUGUAUAGACAAAACCAAAGAGAGGGCAUCUGUCCAGCAGAACAGAUCCCAUUUAGUCCAUGUAUCGAACUGUGCUAUAUAUAGAGACGUGAAUACGUAUAAUCGAAUUAGUUGGAGUUUAGUUUGCAGCAAACGGCUGACAACUAUAUAUUACCCGGAGUCAAUUAAACUCAAUUACGAAUGUUGGAAGAUUCUGUUUUCAGUUGUGUUUAAAUCAGUUUUUAGCCCGAAGAGGUUGGAAUGGAAAGUCCUCAAUCAGAAGAACACAAUCAGACAUACUACAUUCUACCUGUGCACAAGACUCGUUUGUCAAUUCAGCAAAAACAUAAAAUCAAUGGUAUGAAAAUAAAUUAAACAAUUAUAGUCCUUUAAAGCGUGUUAUCUAAGUUUAUCCAGCAUCGCGCUCAUUUUAUGUAUGUAUAAAUUAAUGUAUAUGCAUUUGCAGAGAUCCAAAUCAAAACCAGAACAAGAGUUAUUCCAACAUCUAUAUAAAUGCAAAAGAAUAUAUUAUAUAUAUAAAUAUAUGGGUAAAUAAAAAUAAAAGUAACCAAAGCGCAA